AUGAACAAUACUAAUAAUAACAAGCCUAGAUUAAAACGAACACCUUCCGAUCAAACAACAGAAGAUAAUAUUCCACCCUCUUCGUCAUUAUUAAUUAAUUUAUUAAUUUGUGCAACAGGUUCCGUAGCAGCAAUCAAAAUACCAGACAUGAUACGACAAUUCAAUUCUAUGAAAAUAUUCAAAUUGAGAAUUGUUUUAACCAAGGGAGCACAACAUUUCAUAACCAAGGAACAAAUUCAUCAAGUUGACAAUUCCAUUGAAUGUUUCACUGAUGAAGAUGAGUGGAGUAUGUGGAGUAAGAGAGGAGAUCCUGUCUUACAUAUUGAACUACGUAAAUGGGCUCAAAUACUGUUGAUAGCUCCAUUGGAUUGUAAUACUUUGGCAAAGAUUUCAAAUGGAAUUUGUGAUAAUUUAGUGACAUGUGUAGCCAGAGCUUGGGAUUUGAAGAAUUUUCCAUUUGUUGUGGCUCCAGCCAUGAAUACUCUCAUGCAUGAACAUCCAUUCACAGCCAAACAAUUGUCAAUUCUAGAAUUGGAAUUGAAUGUCUAUACUAUUCAACCUAUUUGUAAAUUAUUAGCUUGUGGAGAUACAGGAAAUGGUGCUCUAGCUUCAGUGGAAACAAUUGCAAACUUUGUGCACUCACUCAUUGAUUUUGAUUGA